AAACUUACAGAAAGAACAGUUUCUGUAUGGUCGCUAAUUAACAGCAAUAAAGACAAAUUCAAAAACCCCUUCUAUACAAAAGAAAUCAAUCGGGUUUUAUAUCCAGUUGCUAGUAUGCGACACUUGGAGCUGUGGGUGAAUUACUACAUUCGAUGGAAUCCCAGAAUCAAGCAACAACAGCCCAAUCCAGUGGAGCAGCGUUACAUGGAGCUCUUGGCCCUGCGUGAUGAUUAUAUAAAGAGGCUCGAGGAAUUGCACCUUGCCAACUCUGCCAAGCUUUCUGACCCUCCUGCUUCUCCUUCCAGUCCCUCACAGGUGAUGCCCCAUAUGCAAACUCACUUCUGAGAGGAUCACUGCCACUGCACUUGAGCUCUAGAUAAGUGAAAUAGUUGACUUUCAUUUUGGGCAUGUGUACAGAGUAGAUUUAAAAUACUUGCCUCCAUUUAGAAGUUGAACUAACAUCUUAGACUCUUGAGUAUGUGCCUUCUAUCAUAUAUACUACAAGAAAUCUACGGUGUCUGUGUGGCAAUCCGGAGAAAGGAAUCAAGAGGGGGUUCUGGAAAAUCCUCACAAGUUUUUACAAAGCACUUUUGUGAAGAUAAAAUUUAAAUUUAAUGUACCUCUGUAUAAAUGCUACAUAUACAGUAUGUAUUUUGUGGGCUUAAUUGAAACAUUAUUUUAUUUUUUGUGCCUCUUGGGUUUUUAUUAUUUAGACCAAUUAGAACUCCAUUUACAUGACCAUACAGUGUUCACUAUCCAGAAGUCCAAGGGUGGUAUUGAGAGCAAAGUGGGUGUGCUUUGAAACAUUAUUUUAAAUCCAGAUGGGGAGGGAUGUGUUUGUAAAAUGGAUUUUCCUCCAGCUGCUUACGACAGUUGCUUUGGAUUAUCUAAAAUGAAUCCAAAUGUGAAAGAUGGGUAUUACUGCCAAAGCCAAAUUGCACUCCGAUUCCUCCGCAGAUUCCAAGAGCGAGGCGUUGAAAUAAUUGCCAGUUUUUAUACCAUCAUAAGUGGUAAUGUAAGAAAAAAGAUGAGCAUUUCAUCAUUUUGAAUUUUUGAAAUUUUGAAAAUAAAAGGUUCUCCCAUCAUUUUUUUCAAGAGAAACAUAUUUUUAUAUUAAAAAGUGAUAUGAUUUGAUUUUUCUCCUUAACUUUGCAAGCUCUGCUUUCUAAAUUCUCCCAUGAGCUGGUCUAACACUGAGUCAUACUCAGGUUGAGGCAAAACCCAUGUAUAGCACUGUGUGAGAAUGUCGGCUGCCUUCUGCUGCUUAGGUGAAUAUUUUCGCAAACACACCUCUAGUCAGUGCAGUUUAUCUGCCAAAGUGGAGGCAUCACUGUCUUGGAUGGAUGAACUGUGGCUAGAGGAUCUUUCUUACAUUUUUUAGUGUAUUCUUGAAAGUAUUCUGUUUAUGUAUCUCCAUUUAAAUGGUGUUUGGUUCCUCCUCCAUGUGCGUGCAUAAAAACUGGUUCUGCACAUUAUUACUUGAAGUACUGGGCAGUUUGCUUUGUCAGGUGUUUUCAUUUUGUUUUGUAGUAUGAAGUGAAAUUUUCAAUGCACAGUUCUAUUUGAUAUCUGAACUAAUUCAUUUAGUAAAUAUAUUUGUAAAAGCUAAAGCUAGAGUUAAAGCAAUUAAUGUUUUACAGUGAUUUGUAAAGAUUAUUUAUAGCUAAUAUGGUUUUGUUUUCAAUGAAUUAAGAGAUUAAAUUUAUCUUUGUAAAUUAUUUUAUGUCACAGCUUACUGGUCUACCAAAUAAGACAUCUCAAUAUAGUAGUGUGAUGUAUGGAUUUUGUAAGUAUAAAAAGUUUAUUAGACAUUCUUUUGCUUUUUGUAAACGCUGUAAAUAUUUCAUAAAUUAAAAGUAUCACUCCACAAAAAGAAAAAAAUGCUAAUACUAAUAGCUCAAAGGAAUUUAUGAAAUUUCAUGAAGACAUUUUCAUGACAAUAAAUAUUAAGGACCUGCUGUAGUAAAUAUAUUAAAUAAAACCUAACACAAUUUCCAAGGA